AUGUCAGCCGGCGAGCGGAAGCGACAGUUCGCGGCGUUAGACCGCUUUAUCAAUGCGAACUCAGAAACAUUGCCCCCGGGUCUUGUCGAAAAGUACAAGGACUCCUUUGGGAAUGGCACCAAGAAGUUCGAGAAGUCGUGGAUGCUCGACCCGACGAUGAAAAACGUCGAGAUCGAAGCCUACUAUGUCCAGAAGCACGAGAAGUCGAGCGCCGGCGAGUACGAGGAAAAAAGCCUGAUGGACUGGGAGGAUAUCUACAAGACGCCGGAGCAGCGAGCUUGGCUUGCCAAGAUCGUCGCUUGCCAAGAGGGCAAGCCCCACCCACAGGACAAGGGCAACCCACGGGCCCGCUUGUACAAGAUCUUCCGGAGGAACAAGGACGUGGACAAGAUCCAGAACGAAGUGGGCACGAAGACAGGGGCAAAAGGAUCGGUGAGUGAAGCGGCGGCUCCGCUGGUGAAGGAGAUCAUGGAGGGUGCACAGGCGGACUUCGCAGGUGCCCAGGAGCAGCCCAGGGACACAAAGGAAAAAAAGGAGAAAGAAGAGAAGAAGGCUCAUGUCGAUCCGGAGGUGCAGGCGAGAAAGGAAAUGGAGAAGGAUAUCGCCGCCAUCAACAAGCUGGCAUCCGAUGCCAGGUUGAUGGGAAUGGCCCUGACAGAGUGGGAUGUGCCACACGUGGAGGCUCUGCAAGGAAACUUGCAGAAGCACGUUCAAGUCUUGAAGACGAUCCGCGAAGGGAUUGAUGAUAAAGUUUUUCACGGAUCGCUGGGUUCUUAUAUCUGUGGCUUUUCCAAUGUGUGUGCACAUGUAUGUGUGAAUGUGACCUGCAUGUGCAGACAUUGA